GGGGAUGUCACGGCCCCGGCUCCGAGCGCCGCCCCAGCCCCGGGGCUGAGCUGCGGACCAUGUCCUCCCGCAGCCCCCGGCCCCCGCCCCGCCGCUGCCGCCGCCGCCUGCCGCGCCCCUCCUGCUGCUGCUGCUGCUGCCGCCGCUCGCACCUCAACGAGGACACCGGCCGCUUCGUGCUCCUGGCCGCGCUCAUCGGCCUCUACCUGGUGGCGGGCGCCACCGUCUUCUCCGCGCUCGAGAGCCCGGGCGAGGCGGAGGCGCGGGCGCGCUGGGGCGCCACGCUGCGCAACUUCAGCGCGGCGCACGGCGUGGCGGAGCCCGAGCUGCGCGCCUUCCUCCGGCACUACGAGGCCGCGCUGGCCGCCGGGGUCCGCGCCGACGCGCUGCGUCCGCGCUGGGACUUCCCCGGAGCCUUCUACUUCGUGGGCACCGUGGUGUCGACCAUAGGUUUCGGCAUGACCACCCCAGCCACGGUGGGCGGGAAGGCCUUCCUCAUCGCCUACGGACUGUUCGGCUGCGCGGGGACUAUCCUGUUCUUCAACCUCUUCCUGGAGCGCAUCAUCUCGCUGCUGGCCUUCAUCAUGCGCGCCUGCCGGGAGCGCCAGCUGCGCCGCAGCGGCCUGCUGCCCGCCUCCUUCCGCCGCGGCUCGGCGCUGUCGGAGGCGGACAGCCUGGCGGGCUGGAAGCCCUCGGUGUACCACGUGCUGCUCAUCCUGGGCCUGUUCGCAGUGCUGCUGGCCUGCUGCGCCUCGGCCAUGUACACCAGCGUGGAGGGCUGGGACUACAUGGACUCGCUCUACUUCUGCUUCGUCACCUUCAGCACCAUCGGCUUCGGGGACCUGGUGAGCAGCCAGCACGCCGCCUACCGGAACCAGGGGCUCUACCGCCUAGGCAACUUCCUCUUCAUCCUGCUCGGCGUGUGCUGCAUCUACUCGCUCUUCAACGUCAUCUCCAUCCUCAUCAAGCAGGUGCUCAACUGGAUGCUGCGCAAGCUGAGCUGCCGCUGCUGCACGCGCUGCUGCCCGGCGCCCGGCGCGCCCCUGGCACGGCGCAACGCCAUCACCCCGGGCUCCCGGCUGCGCCGUCGCCUGGCCGCGCUGGGCGCCGACCCCGCCACCCGCGACAGCGACGCCGAGGGCCGCCGUCUGUCGGGCGAGCUCAUCUCCAUGCGCGACCUCACGGCGUCCAACAAGGUGUCGCUGGCGCUGCUGCAGAAGCAGCUGUCCGAGACGGCCAACGGCUACCCGCGCGGCGUGUGCGUCAACACGCGCCAGAACGGCUUCUCGGGCGGCGUGGGCGCCCUGGGCAUCAUGAACAACCGGCUAGCAGAGACCAGCGCCUCCAGGUAGAGCGGCCUACCGCCCCCAGCGCCGCGGACCCGGCCCGGGCUGCGCGCCGCCGGGCGGCUUU